CACGCGCCGCAGCCUGCGGCGGCGGCAGCCAUGGCGGCCGCCCGGGAGCCGGCGGCGGAGGACCCGCUGUGGAGCUUUGUGCGGGUUCUGGAGAAGCGGGACGGGACGGUGCUUCGGCUGCAGCAGUACGGCUCCGGGGGCGUGGGCUGCGUGGUGUGGGACGCCGCCAUCGUCCUCUCCAAGUACCUGGAGACGCCGGCGUUCUCCGGCGGCGGGGCCCACGCGCUGAGCCGCCGCUCGGUGCUGGAGCUGGGUUCGGGCACCGGGGCCGUGGGGCUGAUGGCCGCCACCCUCGGGGCAGAUGUUGUAGUCACUGAUCUGGAGGAGCUGCAAGACCUGCUGAAAAUGAACAUCAGCAUGAACCAGCAUCUCGUGACUGGGUCUGUUCAAGCCAAGGUACUGAAAUGGGGGGAAGAAUUAGAAGACGUGACUUCACCAGACUACAUAUUAAUGGCUGACUGCAUAUACUAUGAGGAGUCCUUGGAACCAUUGCUGAAAACAUUAAAAGAUCUCAGUGGAUCUGAAACUUGUAUUAUAUGUUGUUAUGAACAGCGUACAAUGGGGAAAAAUCCAGAAAUUGAGAAAAAAUAUUUUGAGCUCCUCCAACUAGACUUUGACUUUGAGGAAAUUCCCUUGGAGAAACACGAUGAAGAAUACCGAAGUGAGGACAUUCAUAUUAUAUACAUCAGAAGGAAAAAAUCAAAACUGCCAUCAUGAAUCCCCCUUCCAUCUUACCCACGCUCCUGACAUCCUGGGUAAGGUGCAGCUGUGAAUGGAGCAUGUGCAUACAGCAUGGGAGAGUGCGUUACAGUUUCUCCAGCAUGUCCUUAGAGACCUGUCCAUGGAUGACGACCACCACGGACCGCCCCCGGUGUGAAACACCUGCCUGCAGCGGACCUGCGGUCCAACUUGGGUUAACUUAGCUCAGCACCAAGGUCUGCUUAAAGAAACACUGGGAUCACUCACAUAAAAAUAAAUUUGAGGUUAGCCUCAGUUCUACAGCAGCAUGGUUGACUCAGUACAUUUUCGAGAAACUAGAGAUAAGUUGAUUCGAUUUCCAAUGAUAUCUAUCUGUUACUAUAUAGUAAUGUUUUGAGGGCUGGUCAUGGUGGCGCACGCCUUUGAUCCCAGCACUGGGGAGGCAGAAGCAGGCGUGUUUCUAAGUUCCAGACCAGCCUGGUCUACAGAACCAGUUCCAGGCGUAAUGAGACCCAGUCUCAAGAGAGAAGGAAAAAACAAAAGUAGAGAUAAGUCGGCCCAAUUAGCAAUCAUAGUUAUCUCUUACUGUAUGAUUAUGUUUAACUUAGAAGCAGUAAAUUUUAAUUUGUCUUUCAGGUAAAUUUCAAAGACAGUCAUACUUUUACAUAGUUGUGUAAUAGUGUUUUUUCUUUUUCCUGAUACAUUUAAUGCUUAUGUGUUCUUUUAAAAGAAACCGAAAAUAUUACCUUGCGUCUUUACUGGUCAGAGUUUUUGUUUCCUCCAUUACAGGUAGUGAGUGAUUUCAAGAGUUAGGGGUCCUCCAGUGGGUCACUAAGACAGAUGCUAUCUCCAAAGGAUAGCAUGAGAAAAGAAAGCCAGUUACAGAUGUCUGUGCUUACACACAGCAGUUUUCUCGAGAAUGCCAUCCAAGAAAAUCUGAUUUUAAAAUACCAAUAUUAAGACAUCACAUUUACACGAAACUGGGUUUUUUUUUUUUUUUUAAGUAACUAAAAAUUAGUUCAGUGCACAUUUAUCACAUGCUUUUUACUACGUUGUCUCCAGUUUUUGUUCCAGUAAUCAAGCAGGUGACUUGUCACCACCAGUGACAAGUCUGUCAGUGACUUGAACACCACCACCACUUCCAAAAAAAGUAGUAACCAGAUGGAAUUCUGGGAUUCACAGUCAUGGUUCGAGAUGGCGCGUUUCACGUGUUGAAAUAAACAUGUUUCUGAAA